AUGUUAGAGAUUCGAGACGCUGAAGACGACAAGAGAGACGAGGACAUUAAGCUCCUCUGUGGUGAGUUUGAACGACACAGCCGUGAGGAGAACCCAGAAGAAAGAGCUCUGUGCAGGGAAUUGAUCCGAUAUGGUGAUCAUCUGGAAGAGGUCCAGAAGCAAAGGGCAGCAGAGGCCAAUCGCAAGAAACAAUUGGAUCUCUUUGACUCUAGAUUGUCCAAAGAAGACUUCCAGAAGCUAACUUCUCAUGCUUCCUUCGGUGCUGGCAUCGCCACCAAUCAUGGUGGCGGAGCAGCUUCAACCGACCCUCCCCCAGGCCUACUUUCAUCACGCGUCCCUGCCAUACAGGCACUCCUCCAGCAAUGGACGCCGCUCUAA